AGAGAAGGGUCUGGAGACAUCUGAGUGCUAUGGAGGAAGAAGCGGAGCCGCGGGUGAGGUCGGGGCCCGGUGGACGGCUGGAUAUGAGUCAUGGAUUCGUUCACCAUAUCCGGCGGAACCAGAAAGCACGAGAUGAUUAUGAUAAGGAGGUGAAACAAGCCAAAGAGAAGCUAAGGAAAAGGUACACUCCAGGACCGUCCCGACCCAAGAAACCAGACCUACAGGUCUACCACCCCCGCCCCAGAGAAAGACCGACCCACGCUGCUGAUCUAGUGGACGAUGACCCGAGUGACAGUGACUCCAGUACAGACCCCGAGACGCCUGGAAAUCAGCUCUUCUGCUUGGAGUUUGAAGCCGACGGCGGUGAAGUUACGUCCGUUAUUGUAUAUGAGGACGACGAUGCUGAGCAGAUCGCUACAAAAAUUUCCGUAGAGAAUCAGCUGGAAGCCAGAAUGAAGGAAGCCCUGAAAAGACGGAUUCAAGAGGAGAUUGCCAAGAGAAGGGUGCAGCGCUGACUUUAGGAUGCAGGCUAUGUAUUGCGGUGUGGUGCACCGGCUAAUUCUUCAGUCUGCGGACCGGUGGAGAACCUGUAUGAGGGGUACAAGCGCCAUGUGGAUGAUGGAGGUUUCUGGACAGCAGGGACUUACCUACUCGUCAAGAAACUGGCAGUACAGCCCCAUUGACCUCUAAGCACUGACCUGCAAUACCGGGCACAACCCAUGGGCAGGUGUGGCGCUGUGUAAGGGAGAAAGCACUCCUGGUUUUCUAACUUUUUUACAAUCCCAUUAAUUUAUGUGGUUUUAUCCAAGUAUUUGUUAUUCUAACUCGCGCUCACCUUUACAGGUAGCACUCCAGGGCAGCAACCCCAUAGUAAUUUUAGAUGAGCUACAAGACGCAGGUGAAGUGGUAAGUACCGGUGAGAGUUGCGGCACAUGCUUUGAUCCCUUCCUUACACGUAAUGUGCGACUAGUGUCACGGUAAGUGGCCGUUGACACCAAUUUACAUCGUAGUUCGUCCUGUCGAUGGUGUGGGCAUAGCUCCUGUGCCCAUGCCAGGCAGUGGGAGCCUGUUAUAAUAGUACAGAACAGGUAGGGAUAGGAGCUAGUCUGGAUCCGGUUAACCCCUUGCCUCCCGCUGCCAUGAUGAGAUCACAGUGUGGCAAUGGUCGCUAUGGUAGGGAGGCAGGGUAUAACAGGCAGCCUGUCAGUAUUGCGGUGCAUGGUGGAAGGGAUCAAAGCAUUGCAGGUCUCCUGUGAGGUGAAUAAAUAAGAAAAAACACACUUGAAAACGUAAAGGGAGUCGGCAGGAAAUGCCCUGUAACCGCAGGCACAGCUCUGCUGAAUCUAAUGUACCUUUCACUGGGUGAUCCCUCUCUUAUUUCUAGAGAAAAAGCAAAUAAGCAGUUAAAGGGGGUUUAUCUUUCUUUUUUUUUUUUUUUUUUUUAUGUAUCCUCUGGAUAGGUCAUCAAUGUCAGAUAGUCUGGGGUCUGACUCCCGGGACCCCCGCCGAUCAGCUGUACGAAGAGGCCAUGGCGCUCUGUGAGUACUUAGGCCAUGUGGCAUCAUGUUCGUCGGUAACCUGGCUCAGCUCAGUCUCAUUGAAGUGAAUGGGCCGAGCUGCGAUACGAAGCAAAGCCGCAUUCAAAUGGACAGCGCUGUGCUUGGUAAGCAGCGGGGAGGCCGCAGCGCUCCAGUGAGCGUCAGUCUCCUCAUACAGCUGAUUGGCAGGGGUUCGGGGAGUCGGACCCCCGCCGAUCUUACAUUGAUGAACUAUUCUGGGAAUAGGUCUUCAAUAGAGAUGAGGGAAGCCAUGUUGCAUCCGAAGUCGCUUGGUUCAAAACUUCUGAUUAAUACUGUACGGCGAAGACAGGUUGAGAAGAAUGAAAUCCCGGUUAGGAGUACAAGAAAUAUCGGCAUCUGGAUGGUACGUUUUGGAAUGGCCUCAAAAAAGUAAAUCAAUCCUCGGCAAUAUGAGACAUGACUGAGGCCAAAAGACAGAAGCGUUGAGGAGUAUGAGAGGAAAUUUAGAUAAGUAAUAUAUGGACCCAGGGGUGUACAUGGAUAGUAGGGAAUGAUCUCACUAAGGGCUCAUGCCCCCCGAUCUUCGGAUCCGCAAAACAUAGAUACAGUCUGUGUGCAUUCUGCACUUUGCGGAACUGAACAGUCGGCCCCUUGGCAGCGGUGAGCAGACGUAAGAUUGGUUUGGUAUAUAGCUCAAUGGAUCUAAAGACACAUCUAGCUGCGUUAUUUUAACCCAUUCAGGACACAGGCCAUUUUUUGCAAAUCUGAUGUUUUACUUUAUGUGCUGAUAACUUUAAAACGCUUUUACUUAUCCAAGCCAUUCUGAGAUUGUUUUCUCAUCACACAUUGUACUUCAUGAGUGCUAAAUUUGAGUCAAAAUAUUUCAUUUUUAUUAAAAAAAAUACCAAAUUUAUCAGAAAUUUGGAAACAUUCGCAAUUUCCUAAGUUUCAAUUUUUCUGCUUUUAAACCAGAUAGUGAUACAUCCUAAAAUAGUUAUUACUUUACAUUUCCCAUAUGUCUACUUAAUGUUUGCACAUUUUUGUGAAUGCCAUUUUAUUUCUAGGGAC